AUGUCUCAAAUAGUUAUCAAAAAACAGUGGCUUGUGUCUUCACGAACAGUUGACAUUAUGACAUGCUAUUCCUUCGAAAAAGAAAUAGGAAGUGGGGCAUAUGGAAAAGUGUUCCAAGCGAAAGAUAUAAAUAGCGGGAUCUUGCGAGCUGUAAAAGUGAUUCAAAAAAAUCGUGUAAAAGAUUAUGGAACAUUUUGUAAUGAAAUAAAUAUAUUGAAAACAUUGGAUCAUCCAAAUGUUGUCAAUGUAAUUGAAACCUUCGAAACAGGCAGACUAUUCCUUAUGCAAAACAUGCUUGCAACAAUUGCUUAGUUAAUAAUCUGUUCUGCAUAUUAUAAAUGGCUUAUUAUUUUCUAUUAAAUUUUAUAUUCAUUAAAAUUGGAUUAUGCUUUCUAGUUCUUGAGCUCUGCCAAGGUGGAGAACUUUUCACAAGAAUCACAGCAUUACGAAUUUUAAGUGAGCGCCAAGCAGCCUUAAUAAUGAAAAAUUUGUUUUCUGCUAUUAUGUAUUGUCAUGAUAACAGUAUUUGCCAUAGAGAUAUAAAACCUGAAAACUGUUUAUUUGUUGACACAAACACCGAAAGUGAGCUAAAAUUAAUUGAUUUUGGAAUUUCCAAAAUGCUCAAUCCCUCCAUGAGUAAACAAAACCUAUUGGAAAAAACUUAUUUUUGUGAAAAUCGUUUCCGUUAACGAACAAAAACAUUUUUAAUAUGAAAUAUAAAUUUUACAAAUUAAAUAAUCAUUUUUUUAAUUUUUUUAAAAAAUUAACCAUCUUCGUUAGCGAACAAAAUUGUUUUGUUUGCUCACGGUAGGGGGAGUUACUGAAGUGGAAGUUAUGCAUGCAAUUGACGGGACGCCCUACUAUAUGGCUCCUGAAAUAUUGACUGGAUCUUAUACAAAGCAAGUAGAUUGCUGAUCACUUGGCGUGAUUUUAUAUAUUAUGCUUGGAGGCUCACCACCUUUUAAUGGGAAAGAUAAUCAAGAAAUAAUGAUGAACGUAUAUAAUGGAUAUUGAUCUUUCAGACCAAAAGCGUUUGCGACUGUUUCUGAUCAUGCUAAAGAUUUAAUAGCAAGAUUACUUGUAAAAGACCCAGAUAUAAGGUGGACAGCUAAGCAAGCUUAUCACCAUCCCUGAAUACAAGGUCUAGCGCCAACACCUCAAUAUCCAUUAGUCCCAGAAGUAUUUGAUGGGAUUCAGUCAUUUUCCCAUGCCCAAAAACUGAAAAGAGUUACUCUAACGUUUAUUGCCUCAAAACUUUCUGAAAAAGAUAUAGAAAACCUCAAAAAAAUUUUUAAAUCGCUUAAUAUCAGUGGCGAUGGAACUAUUACAAGAGCUGAGCUACAUCAAGGUAUGAGAAUGAGUGGCGUUGAUAUUGAUAGUAAUACCUUAGAAACUACUUUUUCGAUUUUGGAUUCGAAUCGAAAUGGGAAAAUUGACUAUACAGAAUUUCUAGCUGCUUGCUUGUAUAAUCAGUCCUAUCUUAUCUUAUUUAAUUUAUUACGUUUAACGUCCACUACGGGGAGCCGCUUCCAGAGCUUCCAUCAUAUUUGUCCACGUGUUGGGCCCAUGGGCCUCUGGAUCGAUCAACUUUGCACCAGGGCACGGGCAAGUACAGUGCUCCGGCUUCGACGUGCUAUGUUGCCUCACUCCUUUGACUCAGCUCCUGCGCAUGCUUAUCCGCCAGAGUUAAACUGCUGUUGCUACAGAAGUGCUCAGAAGAAAACCCAACCCCAUAAAUAAAAUUCUAUAAGGGAGAGAAAAUCAGUGGAGCUAAUUUCGCUCGAACCGAAUGCCAUUUUAUUUAUGCUUGUAUAAUCAGUCAACUUUAGACCAAGGGCUGCUUAAAACAGCGUUUCAGCAUUUUGAUCAUGAUAGAAGUGGGUUUAUUACAAAUGAUGAGCUUAAAGAAGUGCUUACAGGAGGAGAUGUGUCUGUACUAAUUAGUGAUAAUGAUAUUCAAGAGAUUAUGAGAGAAACAGACAGGAAUGGAGAUGGGAGGAUUGAUUAUAUGGAGUUUCUAGCAAUGAUGAACCGAGUUUAA